AAAAUGUGAUCUGUUGAUAAUUGAGCGCUUAAGGGUGUAAAAUUUUCCACGUACUUGUACUACAGAAGACUGGCUUCAGUAGAGCUUUAUUAGAUCAUGUAUAUAUGAUUGGUUUCUCAAGUAGUUGGCUAAAAAUUGCUACAAUGGGUUCAUCUGAAAGAGGAGUUGAGGUGGUAGUGAAGAGGACAGAGGUGGUGGCACCUUUCGUGCCACUUACAGUGCAACGGCUACCCAUGUUGAAUUUGGACCUUUUGGUGCCCCCUAGUGACAUUGGAAUUUUGUUCUGCUAUAACGCGGGAAGCAUGAAUAAUGAGGUGAUGAUAAGCAUGGUGAAGAGAGGGCUGAGUCAAGUAUUGGUACCCUUUUAUUCGCUUGCUGGAGAAGUAGUUCUCAAUAAUGAAGGCGAACCUGAAAUACUUUGCAAUAAUCACGGUGUGGAUUUUGUCCAGGCUAUCGCGGAUAUGGAUCUCCAAUGUCUUGAUCUCCACAAACUAGAUGUUUCUGUCUAUCCUUGCCUUUUUCCUGUAAGAAAACGUGGUGUUCUUUCGGUACAGGUGACAGAGAUGAGGUGUGGCGCGUUGGUGAUAUGCUGCAGCUUUGAUCACCGCGUAGCUGACCCUCACUCAGUUAGCAUCUUCCUAGUUGCAUGGGCUUAUAUGACCAGAUCCAAACACUGCGGUGAUGAUAAAAUCGCAUCAGUAUCCUCCCCUGACUAUCUCCGUUCACUCCUCCAUCCUCGAAAUAUCAGCCACCCUGAUGCUACCAUUGACAACAACUAUGUUUUAUUCGAAGCUGCAUCAUCUGAUUCCCCACAAGCACCAGUGCACCACCAUUAGUCCAUCUCCAAAGCCGCAUUUACAAGAUCAGUGCUCGCCAAAUCCAGCAUCUCCAAUCUCUAGCAGGACCUGGUCGAACCAAAUUCGAGUCCUUUAGUGCCUUGUUAUGGAAGUUACUAGCAAAAGCCGCCACAGAAGACGAAAAAAGAUGCAAACUGGGAAUUGUAGUCAAUGGACGAAAUAUUAUUGGCAAAUCCACGAACAAUUACUUCGGAAAUGUGUUGUCAGUUCCGUAUAUUAAUGCUAGUGUUGAUGAACUUAAAUCAAUGGCUCUUUCUGAAACUGCAGAUAAAGUGCGUGCAUGCGUGGAGAGCGCAGCAAAUGAGGAGCAUUUCAGGGGACUUGUUGAUUGUAUCGAAACUCACCGUCCUUGUAGAGCAAUGUACGCGAUUUUUUCAUUCCAUCCAAGUGACACAGAGGACGUGGCUGUGGUCAUUUCCUCGGGCCAGCUUUUUCCGGUCUCUAAAUUAAACUUUGGUUGGGGUCACCCCUCGUUCGUGUCCUUUCUUUCUCCUUGGAGAGGCAACACGGGAUUCGUCAUGCCAAUGCCCAGCCCUACGAAUAACGGGGAUUGGAUUGUGUUCAUGCAUCUUUGUGAAAAGCACUUGGAUUUUCUGGAGAAAGAGGCGCCUCAUUUCUUCAAACCGUUUCGUUUGAGCCCUCUGGAAAAAUUUGGAGAAGAAUCUAAGCUUUAAAUAAAUACUUUUGAAAAUAAAACUGGAUGGCGAGCACGAUUGCAUAGUCCAAGUAGUUAAGGGUUUAUAUCUUGGAUUCGAGUAUGGCUUAUGUCGAGAAUAUCUUAGAACAGAUACUCAAAUUAUAAGGAUCGUUUUAGUCAAAAACUGGGUGAUGGCU